AACACAAAAAACAUUACAAAUGUUUUCAUUGAAAGUGAUUUAGUUUAACGAUUAAAACAACUCAUCAACACAUUAACCAUCCGCUGAUCAACAGCUGAUCCACACGUGGAGUGACCGACAAUGACGGGCAGCGCUCCGCCACCGGACACAACAGCCGGUGUCCUAACCCCGGCCGACAACAAGACACCGGGUUUGGGCAAACCCGGAGCCGCCGGUACCGCCGAGUUUGCCGUCCAAUUGGACGCCUUUAAGACACGGGUGGACGUGAUCAACAUUGAUGGCGUGGCGCGCACUAAGAACGAUAUACUGGAUCCGUUGGUGCGGCCACUCUUCGAGGCCCACAACUUCGAGGAUGUGGUACUUCGGGCGCAUACAGUGAGACGACGGCUGGAAGAGUUGGGCGCCUUCAAGACGAUCAACGUGUUCAUCGACACCAGCCGUGGCCAGAAUGCGACCUCCGAUGGCCUGGAAGUGACGUAUAGUGUGGUGGAGACGAGGCGUGUGGUCGGCGGUGUCAACACAUCCAUCGGCAACAACAACGACGGGUCGGUUGUGCUUCAGCUGAAGUGUCCGAACGCGUUGGGAAGAGGCGAGUUGUUUCAAACGGAGUACGAAUACGGGACGAAACACACCACUGGUUUCCAGACGUCGUUCGUCAAGCCGUUGAUGCCGUGGUUUUGGCCGCAGCCCAGACUCACCACAACAGUCUUCCAGCAGGCGUUUGACGCCCAGUGGUCCGGCUAUCGGGAGAUCGAUCGCGGCCUACAUCUGGACCUGAGCUUUAAGUCGCGGCCGUCGAUCGCCCACUCGUUGCGCUGGGAGGCCAUCUGGCGGGACAUAUCGGCUCUGACCGCUUCCACGGCGUUCGCUGUGCGCGAAGAGUGCGGCCAUUCACUCAAGUCGUCGCUGAAACACAUACUCACGUGGGAUCAGAGGGACAACGCUGUGAUACCGACCAAAGGGGCGUUGUUUCGACUGCAACAGGAGUGCGCCGGCAUUCUGGCCGGUAAUGUCGGGUUUCAUAAACACGAAGUGGAGCUCCAGUUGAACCGACCGCUGCCACUACUGGCCGACAUUGUGGUGCAGGCGUCCCUCCGGGCGGGCAUAAUGAAACCGUUGCAAAAAAUCGAUUCGGUCACCUGCAUCAACGACCGGUUCUUCGUGGGCGGCCCACUCACUCUCCGCGGGUUCAAUCUGUACGGCGUGGGCCCGCAUAGCGACGGCAACGCGUUGGGAGCGACCACUUACUGGAACGGCGGUCUACACGUGUACACGCCGUUGCCGUUCAGGCCGGGCGCCGGCGGUUUCGGUGACUAUUUCCGCGCCCACCUGUUCGCCAACGCGGCCAAUAUCGGCGACUUUGCCUUCGCCGACGAUCACUACAAGAAUUUCAAUAUACUGUUGUCGGGCGUGAGGUAUAGUGUGGGCGCCGGUAUCGUACUCUCCAUCGGACAUAUGGCCCGCUUUGAACUCAAUUACUGCCUGCCAUUCGGUCAACAGCCCGGCGACCGGACGUCCGCCGGCCUACAGUUCGGACUCGGCGUGAGUUUUGUCUAGUUUUUUGGCCAUUAGUUGUGUUGUUAAUUACAUUUAGCGAACGAAUUGUUUAAAUUGAUUAUUAAUUAUAUCAUUAUUUUAAUUGUAAUCUUAUAUUUCUCAUUGAAAAUAUCAGUCAAAACUCUAUGAUUUAGAUGAC